GCCUUCCCACUUCUAUGCUCUUCAUCACUGCAGCGCGAGCACGGCCAUUUUACAAGCCGAUUGUGCGAGUGAAGAAGACACACUCCUCAACGGUGUUUAUCGGCAGUUCUUGACAACCGUGUGUUUUUAAUCGUAAAUAUCAUUUUCUUAACCCCUUUCAAGUCAGCAAUAGCGUGAUAAUGUCUCGUGACCGGUCCCGUAACCGCGGAGGAGGAUUCCAGCAACGAGGCCGCGGAGGAAUAAUGGGAAUGCGUGGUGGAAUGGGAAACCCAUACUUUCGGAAUCAAAACCAGCCACCUUUUCAAAACCGUGGAGGCCAUGUGGGUGGUGGAUUUAAGGCAAACCAGGGGAACCAACCCAAUCCAGCAGCUAACGUUACGCCUCAGAAACCGCAAGAAUCCGUUCAGAAUAAGCCUGCCAUUCUGUCGCCCCCAGCCCAGGGCCCAACGUCGGCCCAGCAAGCUAACAACAAUAAAACCCCGUCGACACCCCAGCCUGCCAUUCCCGCUAACGUUGCGCCGAAGAUUCAGUCUCCACCGCCUCAGAAUAACGCUAUCGUAAAGAGCCCGGACCUCGGUUCUCCACAGAACCCGCCUAAACAAAACACGCCUCGAGGAGGGAUGGGGAAUGGCCAGAAACAGCAUGUUCAGCCUGCGAAGAAAGCUCCAGAGAUGAAGCCACAACAAAAUACGAAAAACGAGGAUCUGUCUCAUUCUCAGGAGUUGAAGGCGACGUUAUCUUUGCUUCGCAAACCUGGGGAGAAAACCUAUACUCAACGUUGCAGAUUGUUCAUUGGCAACCUGCCAAACGACAUCACCGAUGUUGAAUUCAGGAGGUUGUUUGCCAAAUUUGGAGACCCCAGUGAGGUCUUCAUCAAUCAAAGCAAAGGUUUCGGCUUCAUAAGACUGGAAUCUCGUGCCGUGGCUGAGAUUGCGAAAGCAGAGCUGGAUGAUACUCCAAUGAAAGGCAGACCACUCAGAGUUCGCUUUGCCACUCACUCUGCUGCACUGUCUGUGCGUAACUUAUCCCCCUUUGUCUCGAAUGAGCUGCUGGAUGAGGCCUUCUCUCAGUUUGGAGUAGUGGAAAGAGCUAUAGUUAUUGUAGAUGAUCGUGGCCGCUCAACAGGGAAAGGCAUUGUCGAGUUCUCUUCCAAACCCGCAGCUCGGAAGGCAAUGGAUCGUGUUAAUGAUGGGGUGUUCCUUCUCACAGCGGCGCCCCGUCCAGUUGUUGUUGAAUUAUUAGAGCAAUUUGAUGAAGAAGAUGGUUUGCCAGAGAAGCUUGCGCAGAAGAACCCCACUUAUCAAAAGGAACGGGAGCAGCCUCCACGAUUUGCCCGUCCUGGCACAUUUGAGUUUGAAUACUCUCAGCGCUGGAAGUCCCUCGAUGAGAUGGAGAAACAACAGAGGCAGCAGGUAGAGAAGAACAUCCGUGAAGCCCGUGAGAAGCUGGAAGCAGAGAUGGAAGAUGCCUACCAUGAGCAUCAGGCAAACAUGCUCAGACAAGACCUCCUUAGACGUCAAGAGGAGCUCAGACGUAUGGAAGAGAUUCAUAGUCAAGAGAUGCAGAAACGUAAGGAAAUGCAGCUGAGACAAGAGGAGGAGCGCCGCAGAAGAGAGGAGGAGAUGAUGCGUCAGAGGGAGAUCGAGGAACAGAUGAGACGCAAACGCGAGGAGACUUACAGAAUGGGUGGCUACAUGGAGAAUAGGGAAAGGGAGAUGAGGAUGAAUACUGGUGGAGGCAUGGGAUUGGCUGAUAUGUCAUAUGGAUCCCCUAACCAGAAGUUCCAGUUGGCUGGAAUGAACUUUGAUGCACACCAAGGGUUGGGGGGAGCAGCAGCAGGGGGCAUGGCGUCCAACGAAAUGCGCAAUGAUCGUUUCCCACAAGGGGGUCCAAGGGGCAUGGGUGCUGGAAACCCAGGAUAUGGCAGGGUCCGUGAGGAAUUUGAUGGGCCUGCCAAGAAGCCACGCUUCUGAUCUGGCACUUUAAAGCAGAUUUUGUGUGUGGAACUCCAGAGGCAUUUCUGGUCUCAGAAUUGAUGUAUUUAAGUUUCAAGAAUUUUCUUGCAAUUUUAGCCUGAAGACUCCUGAAGACCCUUUUUUCUUUGCAUUUUUAUUUUAUAUUCUUAAUAGGUUUAAUAAAACGGCUCAAAUCAGCACUAGUUUAGUGCUACCAAUAUGUAACUUCCCUUCCUACUAGUCUAUACCUUGUCAUCAUGUUAUUUGUGUUAUACUGGUGAAUAUUGUGAGUUGUUCUGAUCUUUCUAUGGCUGUGUUCUUUGCCAUUCACAUUUAAACUAAUACAUGUACAUUUUCAAUAAAGAGUACAGUUGGUUUUCCCAAACCCCAUUCAGUUGUUGUUGGCACAGUUUUAAUUUAAAAAAGUCUGAGGUGUAACUGACACACUGGAGAUUUACCUGGCUAGUAACUUUUUUUAUUCUCCAUGGUUUUGAUUUAAUUUAAGCAUAACGCGACAGAUAAAAGUGCACAAUUAGGACCCCAUAAAAAUAAUUAAAAAAUCAUUUAAUUGGUCAUUUCAUGUUUUCAGUUUUUUACUCUACAGUAGUAGUAUUUUUGCCGGCUUAAAAAAUAAUGUAAUAUAGUAAUUUUAUAGUUCAAGGAAAAUUCCUUUAUACUAUAGUAUUUACAUUAAUAUUAAAAAAUACUAAAGUAUACUACAAUAUUUGCUACAGUUGAUCAAUUUACUCAAGUUGAAACUACAGAAUAAUAUGGUAAGGUACUAUAGUUGCAUUAUUUUAAGUUUCCCGGAUCUUUGACUUUCAGUGUGUGUUCACUAGCAUUCUUCAUUUGAGAAAAGCUAUUAAUGUAAACUCUCAGAGCAGCUUUAAAGAUCACGUCUCCAUAAAGUGAGAUGUAGUACAUGAAACCAUGUCUCUCAUUUUCUUAGACAAGCAGCACAAACUGAUUGCAUAUUUAAACGGCAUCUAUAGCACAGUCCGUAUUUGAUAAGCUGUUAAGUGCAAAUUUUGAUCAAGUUGUAGUAAGUCAAAUUCCAAGCCAUUCUGAGCUAUACAUUAAAUUCUGUCUGGAUUUCGCAAUUCAGUAUGUUUUUUUGCAAGUGGGUUUUUUUACACUUGCCUUCGGCUCCCACCUUUCAUUGAUGUUGAACACUUCCACCUUAAACAUUUUGGUCUACAAUGAUCAAUCAGUUACUGUGCUUACAUUAAAAAAAGCAUUCAUCAAGUCUGUUUAUUAUGAACUUGCCAUUCCAAGUUGCAGUUGGGAAACAUUAAAGUUUUUACGUGUCUAGUUAAAUUUUUCAGGUAUUGACAGUCUAAAGAAAAUAAUGUUUAAAGUUUUUUUUUCUUUUUUUUUUUCAUUUAGAUGUUCUGUAUGGUUACAUUAACUAUUUGAUAUAUUAAUAUUCCUGCAAGCAGUUUGUAUUUCAAUUGUUCUAUAGAAAAAAACCUCAAGGUUUGGAUCUUCAAUCUCUUGCACUUGGAACAGAAGCAGUCAUUGAUCCUUAAACAUUUCAUUCACAGAAGCUACAGGUGGAUUGAAAGCUUUGAAUAAAAGAUUUCAACGACCUAAGUCCUUUCAAUAAAUUGUCCUGGUUUAAGUUAUCAAAGUCUGACUCAAAUAUAUUAGGAUUCAGAUCUGUAAUGCAUUUUCUGCUGGAUCUGGCAUCACAUACCUCUAGAAACAUUUGCCUGCAUGUUAUAUGCAACGUUAUAAUUUUGUUUCUUAAAGCAACCUUAUAGAUUUGGUUGCAUGUUUUUGUAUGUACUGAAGAUAAAAUCAAAUUGUUUGUCAACCGCAAGAAGGGAGGGAGUGGGUUGGAUUGAGCAACUGUGAUCCGUCAAAGCCCCAUUCUGGCUGACUAAAUAUCAGAUAAAAAGUGAAGAAAUACGAUUUUUAUUGCAGUAGUAAUUAAGACAAGCUCUCUUGAGAUCAGCGAGUGAUGCCUUCGCUGCACAACUCUUUGGAUUGUUUUCUGUAAAUUGAGUCAAGUAUGUUUAUGGAAUCUUAACGGGAUACCUUAACCAAAAAUGAACAUUGUCAUUUUCUUACCUCCUAUUUGUUCCAAAUCUGUAUAUUUCUUUGUUCUGAUCAACACAGAGAAGGGUUUUUUGAAGAAUGUUUAUAAUCAGAAAUAUUUUGCCCCCCAUUGACUACUAAAGUACAUACUUAGAAACGAAUGUAUGGGAUAAUUCAAUGUAAGUCGCUUUGUAUAAAAGCGUCUGCCAAAUAAUUAAAUGUAAAUAGGUAAAAUUACAAUGGUAGUCAAAAGUGCCCCAGUAAUGUUUGUUGUCCUACAUUCUUCAAAAUGUAUUUUUUGUUCAGCAGAACAAAUAAAGUAAUUUUACUACUAUGGGAGUCAAUGGGGAGCAAAAUCUGUCUGGUUAGAAGUAUUCUUCCGAAUAUCUUUCAGUGUUCAUUAGAAAAAAGAAAUGUAUAAAGAUUCGGUCAACUCGAAGGAGAGUAAAUGAUGACAGAAUUUCUGUGAUACCUAUAUUUAACUCAAAAUUCACAUGCAGAGGAAACACUGUCAUUUUACACUCUUCUUGAAUUGCGCUCUACUCAUCCACAAUAUUACUUCUCAUCGUCUUAAACUCAAAAAUGUUAAAAUGGACAAAGCCCUGUGAGUCUAAAGGUUGCUUUGAAGAGCAUAAUUUCCAACGCUUUCCAUGUAGUCUUUCUGUCUUAACAACUUUGACAAUUUAAUCAAAUAAGAAGUUAUGAGAAUUUAGUCUAUAAAAUAGGAGUGCAUGGUAAUAAAAGUUGAGCAAUUUUUUUUGCACAUAGUUAAUUUCAUGCAUUCUAAUAAUUUACAAAUUAACAAUUUAUGUCCGCAUAAAUAUUGAUCCAAUGGCGUCAAUGUAUGAAAUGUUUUCAAAAAUGUAUGUUUUCAUACUACCAUUAUGACCAUCACCUUAAUUGUAAUCUUAAUGUGAUAGUGUGCUUGAAUCGACUUUAUUUGUAGUGAAGUGAUUUAAAUCCCAUGGCAAAUGUGGUCAGGUCAGUAAUAACAUGAAGAAAAGGUAACUACACUUUUGUUGUUUUACACAUGCAUUGUGGAAAACUGUUUUGUCUGUUGUGUUAGUUUUCUAUACUUUUUCCCUUAACAGGUUUGUUCGUGACUAUCUUCGGGUUUGGAUUUUAGCAAUUUAUCUACUAAAAGUAUCAUCUUCAGAUGCCCAUGGACUGUUCGCCAGUGGUUUAAGACAUAAUGUGCACAAGAAUGGCAGUUUCCUAGAGCCCCUCAAGCACGGGUUUAAUAGGCUGGCCUUUUUGUAGCGUUUUCACAAGGUAGCUAGAUCGUAUUUUAUUGUAAAAUGUGGAAACAAAUCCAUACUCAAGCUUCUUCUCUAACCCUACCUAACUGUCACUGGCACAAAGGCGAAUUUAAGUCUUGAGCCUAUAUUUGAGCAUAAAAGUUGAUAAUGUGCUGUCUUGUCAACUCUUCCCUAGAGUGGCACUGUAUGAAGAUGUGAAGUGUCAAAAUAAAUGCCCAUAUUACAAUGUAUCUUUGUGAAAGUAGUCUAAUGUGAACGUAAACAGUUGGCAAAAACGCACUUGUUACAGUAAACUACUAGGGAUGCACCGAAAUGAAAAAAUUUUGGGCGAAGCCGAAUAAAAAUUAAACACUUGGCCGAACACAGAAUGUGGCUUUUCGUAUUCUAUUUAUUUAGCCAAUUUAUCCACUAUUGCAGUGUUUCUCAACCGGGGAUACGUGGACCCCUAGUGGUCUGUGGUGUUAUUGCAGGGGGUCUGUAGAACCUUUUAAAAGGUUUAGAGUUAUUUAUUGUCUUGCAUUCAGGGUUUUACAUUAACACCCACCAGACGCAGAUAAAAAUCAACAGAGAUUGUUAUUGCGGUCUAAUUAAUUACAAAAUUGACUGGUUGACUUGUGUUCAUAAAUUAUGUUCACUCACUCUGCAGGGAGGGUUCAUGUAAACCAAAUCAUAUAGCCUAUGCAGCUUCCGCGCAUAUCUGACUCCAACAAACCUUUCAGAGAGAGUCGAAUGAUCUGUUUGCUUUUGAUUUGCCCUUGCAGUAGCCUACUUGGUCACUUUGAUGUCAUAUGACAGGUGGUUCUUCCCACCGCCACGGCAUAAAUACAUUGAAGCACCAGGCAUUAUCUUACUUCAGCUCUUAAUAAUAAACCCUAUAGCAUCCGUUACACCUCAUCAGUUCAACAAGCGGAUCAAUCAGAAGUUUGAGAAAGUGUUCAUGUGCUAUCAUUGUUAGAUCACACGUCUGUUUCCGACACCGGACCUAAUUUAGUAGAAAUAUGUUGUUCUACUGGGGUAGAAAAUGGGAUGAGCUGUGAGCGCAGGGGUUGUGGGGUCCAUGAGGAUGGUUUGAGAUAUGAUGGGGUCCAGUACUCAAUAAAGGUUGAGAACCACUGCACUAUUGUAACACGGAAUGGUCAUUGGAUUCUUAUAGGCUACAUGGCUAAAUUAUUAAAAAAAAAAAACAUCCUUGCAAAGAAAACUGACUGACAACCAUUUCAGCUCACGCCUCUCUGCUCCGAACACCACCGUGUUGCGAGCGGCAGGGCUACUGUCAGACAGCCCGCUCCAGUCUGAAGUACACAAGUUACCGACCGGUAAAGACACUUUCAUUCAGAAAUUUACUCUGGCACUCCAGUUCCGUGCUGUGUAUUUCUCUUGACACUUAAAAAUGAUCCAGGGACUGUCAACACGUUUGCGGCAUUAAUAAAGCGUGCGUGUCGCUCUCUCUCUAUGCGAUGGUUGCUGCUUGAUCAUAUCACAGGACCACAAACUUUUUUUUUCUAUUUGUGGUUGCUGAACAUUCGGUGCAUCCCUUUAUCCUACAUCCGUGCCAUGGCUCUAUAAAACAAAAAAGUUUAUUAUGCUGCUUUGUUCAUCAAGAAAAUUGUAUAUCUUGGAUAAAAUUAUUAAGGUUAAUAAACUAUCCUCCUUUUUGGGAUAUGUGUUUAGAAGGGCAAAAUUGAAUUAAUAAAUUUUUGAAAAAUCAAUAAUCGUAUGGUUUUUGACAAAACCCUUUUUUGGCACUGGUAGGUUGCGGAUUAGUUUUUCUUGCAUGUCAGUAAGUAAUUUGUUUAUGCUAGUAUUAUUUGUAUUGCAUGAUUACUAUACGCAAUGUAAUUUAUAAAAUGAAGCAUGAAACUAUUCUAUAACCAUCGAUUAAGUUGCAGGCUAACAUUCUCCGAAGGUGCCAGGUAUUCACAUCAAAGAAGCUCAAGAAAUCUCUGACCUACAUUUGUUGUUAUGUCUGGUGGGUACAUUGGGACUCAAUCAACCAUACUAUCUAUCCCCUCUUUGUGUCUACCCGGUUCUGUGUGAUUUCAUCUUUACUGAAAGUUGCCUAGGGAACUAUGUAUUUCAUCUGACAGCAUCUGGCCAAUCCAAGAUAAACCCAUUUGUAUUAUGGAGCCGUCUAAUCAUAUGAUCGCGAUGUAUUUGACAGAACAGACUCCACUUCUUGUUUGAGUGGGUGUUUGCUCUUCAGUUUCAGCUCUGAGAGAGCCUGUGUAUCCUUCAUGGACCUGUGCUUUUUCUGUUGUUGCUAUGGGUGAAGGAGUGGAAUUGCACUGAAGAAAUAGCCAAAUACCUUUUGGUGGUUACGCUGGGGCAUGUCACUGUUACAAAACACAUUCCUAUUACCUGACUACACCUUGCUCACAUUUCUUAUCCAGGAGUCCCAUGUUUUUCUUUAUUUUUUUGUAUUGAAUGAUUGGUGGCUUUUACAAGAACAAUCUUCUAAUUUUAAACGAAAGGUUGUUUCAAGUGUGUCCAAUACUGAUCUCAUUUAUAUGAACUUCGCCUGAUUUUUGCUUACUGAGAGUUUUAGCAGCCCCUUCUCAGAACUUCUGAUAUUAACACCAAUGAAAUUUCCCUGAUUUUCCAGCAGGCCCUCGGUUAUGUUCUGUCCUUACAUUCUGGAAAAGUGGCCGAUGCUUGAAUAUAAGAGUCAUGAUUUAGGCAGAAACUUUCGAUUAGAUACCCUUCAGAUUGCAUAAUUAUUAAAAAUUUUGCAGAAGCAUGUAUAUUUAAAACAAAAUCAAUGUUAAUUGUUUUUUUAAAAGCGCUCACAAAACAAAACUGUUUUUGCCUUCAGACCAUCCAAAGUAUAGGUGGCAUUGUUAGUAAAGGUUUUUUUUAGCUGAAAGUAUGAUCUUCAUUUAGAAAAUCCAUGCCCUCAUCUGGUUCAAGCAGUACUUAAGUAAUUCUUUCUGAUGAUAAACUGAAGUUCUAUAAAGCAAAAUGUUGCAUCUGCUCAAUAAUUUUCACAGUAAUUACAUCUUUUGUGCAUUUUAAACUUUUGAAGAAGUUACGGUCACUUCACUGUUCCCUACUCACUAGGGGCAGAGCCCCUAAAGAGAAAACCCCAGAGGAUCUACCUAUAUUGUAUUUCUGCACAAAAAAAAAUGGCGCACAAAGUUCAGCAUACUGUUUUAAAACGACAAGUUCUUCUAUAUCAAACAGAAUUGCAAGAAAGUAUAUGGUGUUUUAGGAAGCAUUUCAUAUUUUGUAGUGUUAAAUGGAUACUCUGCCCCGAAAUGAAAAUUCUGCCAUGAAAUACGCUAAAGUCAUAUGAUAACCCAAAGACAUUCGUUCAUAUUUGGAACACAAAUUAAGAGCUUUCUGACUCUCACCCAUAGACGUCAACAUAACUGACAUUCAAAGCCCAGAAAGUGACUAAAGACAUUCCCUGCGUUCCAAUCAGCUUACUAUCCUAAUAAUAGUACUACGCCCUAAUAGUAUUCAAAAGUAGAAUAAAUAUGUCCCAAAUCGUAGUAUGUAGUACUCCAAAGAUUCCUGGAUGAUAUACUACUUCCUGUAGAAAUUCGAAGUGUGGGACUAUGCACAAUCUUUUCCAGGCAACAGCUUCGCUUCCUGUUAGUAUGUCCCAGUGCGACAUACAAAAGAGCCAUUCAUUCUCUUUUGCCAUGCAGUCAAAGGUACAUAUAAUAAGUAGGCGAAUUGGAACGCAGGGAUUGACUAUGCUUACAUGCUCACCAAUAAUGUGAUUAUUUCCAAUAUGAAGAGUAAGGACUUAAUUGCAGUAACAUUACAUGAGAACACCUCUUUGCUCCCGUUUACAUGGAAGUUUUAUUAGUCAGAUUAUUUGCUACUAUACACAGCACAAUGAUGAUCUUAGAUAUAGUUGGGUGUGUGUUGGGGUACUGGCUAUCGUUUUAUCCUGUCAAAUGCAAAAUAGCGAUAUUUGGACCUAUUUUAUUGUUAUUUGGCGCUUUGAUGAAUAUAGACAUAUGAUGUAAAAUGUCUCUGCAGCGGUGCCUGACAGAUGCACAUGCAUAGAGAAGCGUAAAUGCAAUUGUUUCAUGCCUUCAUAUUGCGAAUAAAACUGGAGUACGCCACAUAUGUUACUUUGGUAAUGUUACUUGAUUAUGAGCUUAAUCACAUUAUUUAAAUUGAAUGAUUGCAUGUACAUGAGGUACAGCAUAAUCCCAGAAUUGCCAAAAUCCUAUUAUAAUCGCAUUAUGAGAGUGCAUGUAAACAUCAGGGUGUCCGCGGGUCCUUAAAUAGCAUUAAAAUGUCUUAAAUCCGCGUUUCAAAGGUCUUAAAAAUCCAAUCAGACCUACACCAUAAAAAAAAAUGUAUUUUCGUUUUAAAAUCAUGUCAUUAUUAGGCUACGUCUAUUUAAAAAAAAAAAAAUAGGCGGAACCGCAACUAACACAUUAGUUCGCGGGGUUAUUUGCUAGGCGCGUGGACUGGAUAUUAGCAAUUUCUCGCUUUAACCAUGGGGAAGUGUAAAUAUAAUGAAAACUGGUUACAUAACCAUAAUUUUGCGCCGUGGUUAAGACCAGUUUGUGGCAGUGCUUUCGAUGUCAGGUGUAUAUUCUGCAAGAAAGUUUUAAAACUCUGAACAAUGGGAAUCAAAGCUUUGGAAACGCACAUGCAGUGCGAAAAACACAAAGCGGCUGCGGAAACCUGUCGGAGAACACCAGAUAUUUCUCAGUUUUGUUCCGCUAGUAAAACAGCAGUAAAUAUUCACUAAUAAAUUUUACUUCCUUUCCUUUAAAUUCGCUUGCAAUAAAAUUAUCUUCGUUUGAAUUUAUGGAAAGAAUCCUCUUUUCCUACCUAAAACCCUUGUAGCUAGAUCCCCAUCAACAUAAGCCAGAAAGGAAGAAAAAAUAAAUUGACUUCAAAUAUCAAGGACACAGAAUCUUCAGACUUGGUAAGUGCAAUACGCCAUAAUUACCUAUCAGUGUACCAAGUCUAAAGCAAAGUAUUGUCAUUGUUGUUUAUCUCUACAUUUGCUGUACAUUUUACUAGAUAUUUGUGAUCUGGCAGAGUACAGAAAGAAGUUGCAUCAGCACAGAAAUUUCAAAUGAGCCUUAGGCCACAUUUAAGGUAUAAUAAAAAAAAAAAUUAUUUAGUUUUAAUUUUUUUUAAUAGCCACGUACUGUUAAACUUUAUAAAUUGUUUUUUCGUGAAGCCAUAACAUUUUUACAGAAAUAUUAGUCAUUAAAGAUUAUGAUGGUAUUGCUCAAACAAGAGUAUGAGUAUGCCGUGACCCAUAAGGCCAUAUGUGACCCUGGACAACUUAAAAAUACUCAUCAAGUUGUUAAUCAGAGACGUUGUAGCUGACCGCUAUGAAGAAACAGGUUGGUUUAAAACUCUCUGUUGGCUUACCGUUGUUAUGAUGUUGUGGAGAGAAGAUAAACACAGAGGAAUUCUAAGCUGUACAAAGAGACACACCUUGAGUGGAUAAUCCCAAAAGAGGGCAGAAUUGAGCAAAGUUUGCAGGCGUGUUUCCUGCCAUUUUUACUCUCAAAAAGUUUUGAUACAUUUACGGUUAGAAACGGAACAAAACCUUUACUUAAUAUUCUCAUUAUUUUUGCCAUAAAAGAAAAUUUUAUAAUUUUGACCCAAAAAAUGUUUUCUUGCUGUUGGCACGAAUAUUCCUGUGCUACAUAAACCCCAUUCACACAGCCCGCUGAUUCCGGAAAAUUGCCAGACUACUUUCUGUGGGAACGCAAACUCAUCCCGGAUAGAUCGAAGAAUGAUUCCGGUGAGGGGACCUAGUAACAUUAACGGGAUCUGCCCCAGAAAGCCCCCUGUGUGAACGAUAGGCAGGAGCAAUGCCGUAAGGGGUGUGUCGUAGUGCUGACGCACGCGUCGUUACAGUGAUGUAACUAUCAUGCGACUGUUUGAGCGGAGGGUUUAAAAACCAGAACGCGCACUUCGACAUAAAAAGUUUGCAUAUCAACAUCUAACGUCCGAUCAGCUGCCAUGUUGUUCAACACAAUGUAAACACUUCCGCUGUUGUAGCGCGUCACUACCGCUUUCUUUUCUGACGUGCAUAUUAUAUGUCACGUCAAAAUCGUGUCACCUGUUUUUACGGAAUGAAUAUGAACGCACGCACAGAUUCCAGAAGUCACGGGCAGUGUGAAUGAACAAAAUCAUAUGGCAAAUUACGGAACUCAUUUUCCGUGUGUUUUGGAGGAUCUCUGUGUGAAAAGGGCUAUAGGCUGCUUUUGUGGUUCAGAGUCACAUAUAUAGUCACCGAUAUUUCAUCUUUAAUUUUAUCUUGCAGCUACGAACUGGAAAUAUGAACUUACUCUAUUUAUCAGGGUUUUUCCUGCCUGAGAAUUUGGAGGCGGUUGUCUCCAUUAAAUUUCGUGCCACCUCCGACUGUCAACAAAUGAUGUCAGUCAGGUGUAGGUGUCAUAACGGAAGACACUAAUAAACAAGUGAUCUCUGUGGCUUAUUUAUUUAUGACUGCAGUAGCAGCAUUGUUACUAUGGUGGCGCUGUUUAGUUAUCAGCACUGAGGGCCUGAUAAAACCUUGGGAGAAAAGUGAUGUUUUCAACAAAUGUAUUGACCUUUAUCAGCUUUAUUUUGUGGUUGUUUUGGUUAAUAUCGUUUAUUAUCACAUCUAAGUAUGUUAAUUUUAUUUAAAGGUUUCCAAAAUUAACUUGACAUCCAAUUUGUGUAAUGUUUUCAGCUGUGAUGUAACUGUAUGGGUCACUGAUUAUACUUUACACACCGUGAGGAGAUCAUUCAUAAAUGCAGAUGAAACUGAUCGAUUCGUCAAUUUUGCUCAGAAAAAGCUGAUGCGCAGAACUAGUGACCUUCUGAACAGCCUCUUACCACUCUCUCAUUGUGUCAGUAGUAUCAACACACAACAUUAUCAGUACUAUUCCCAACAGAGGAUUGAUUUAAACAAAUAGUUUUUCAUGUAAGGGAUUCCUUUAUUUGGUUAUUAAGUAUAAUUAUAUAGCCAUGUAAUUUCAGAUUAAUGCACUAGUGUGCAGUAGUCAGGAUUGCAAGACCGCCGCCUAAUUUUGAGCCAGGAAAAACCCUGUUUAUUGUUUGUAAAAUUUGUCCGUGCCCUCAUAUUAGAAAUUACCUUUAUUUUUAGAGAGCACCUUUUUUGUGCUCAUAGAUGACACCGCUUUAAACUUUAGAUUUCUGUACAUUGGGACCUUGAAUUUAGUACUUUAUAUAGGGUGAUCAGAUCAGAUACUUGAUGGCGAGGUGUGUUUUGCCCUUGUCAGAAAUGAUUUGAAAUAUGCCUUUUUCGCAUUUUAGCGAACAUGGCAAGAGCUUGUCUCUGUGUCUGUAUUGUGUAUUUGAGCGAAUGGUAGUAGUUAAGCAUUAGGGGCCAGUGUCCAGCUCAACCACUACUCCACAUUUGAGACUCCAGCAGUUGGUUACAUUGAGGAUGAGUAGUUCUGCAGAUCAGUGGACUUGUUUGCAUCAAGGAGGUAUGCUUGCAUAUCACCAGAAAAGGUAAGUGACCUCGUCUUUUGUUCCAUGAAAUAAACCAAAUACUACCUUCUCUUUUAUCAAUCACCCUUUGUGUUGGAAUUUAACUGGGGUUCUGGCAUCACACCUUCGAAAAUGCAUUCACAGUGCAGAAUAUGUUUCUUUUGCUGUUCAUUGCAAAGACACUCUAUUUGAAAUGUGUGUGAUACUUUGGCUUCGGGUGUCUGUGUCUAUCAAAGUCUGUUUACAGAAGUGGUGCCACUCGGCGGCCAUGUUUGCAUUGUCUCCGGGCAUCUAUUUCAGUCAAAGCAAGACAACAGCUCUAUCGGCUUGAUGUAUCUUCAUCUACUUAAAUGGGGAACAACAGAUCAUUUCAAAAUAGCUGGCAAUAAUUAAAUGGUCUAUUUCCAACCAAGUAUUAAACCUGACAUCAACUGUACAUAGCUAUUGUUCCCGAGGCUUAAAUUUAUCUGAAAAAAACUUUUCAAGGUUGCUUCAGGUACUUCAUGCACACAGGGUUGGCCAAAACCCUAGAGAAUCGUCAGUCUUUAUUGAUUGGCUCUUUUUACUGGAAGGGGGACUUAUUUUUUGCUAUGGCGGCCAUACUGAGUGUUGCAAUCACUCUCCAUUUAUAGGAAUGGCACCUUGUUAAUGUCUAUUAUGUGUGAUAUCUACAACUUCUCUACAAGGUCUCUCACAGAGCAGCUUUAUUUGGGGACAAUAAGGAAAGAAAUGUAUGCCCUAUGACUGGGGGUGGCAGCAUUUUAGUGGGAUUGACAUAUGAGGGGAAAUAAUAUCAAAUUUAGCUUAUCUUGUUGUUCACUUUUGUGAUGUUGCUCAGUUUUUACACUUACAAUGAUGUGCAUAUAGCAACAUGUUUUUGCAUUUUUCUUAAGGCCAGACUAUGUGAGACAAUACUAGGGAGGACAGACCACUUGAUCAGAAAUUAGAGAAAUUAGAAUGUGUAACCUGCUCAAUUUUCUACAUUUAGAUGUAGGAAUCACUUUUUAAAUAAUUUAUUUUUACACAAUUUUCACUUUAUUCAAAUGAUAUCAAGAGCUUAUGGUAAAAUGUACAACACCCUUUGUUUACUUAAGUUUUUUAAGUAUUUUUGUACUUGUAUGGUUAAAGGGAUUGUUCAACAUUCUGUCAUCAUUUACUGAGCCUCAGGUUCUUUCAAACCUGUAUAAAUGUAUAAAAGGAAGAUAUUUUGGAGAAUGUCAGUGACCAAACAUAUCUUAUCCCUGUCAAUGGAGGAUGAGAUCUGUUUGGUUAUUGAUAUUCUUUCAAAUAUCUUCCUUUGUGUUUAGCAGAUCAAAUAAAUGUAUACAGGUUUUGGAACAAUCUGAGGGUGAGUAAAUGAUGACUUUUCAUGUUCGAGUGAACUAUCCCGUCUGCUUUCUGUGGGCUGAAUCUACAACCUUUCACCGCUAAUGCAAUGCUCUACCGGUUCUGUAAAUAGUGUAAAUGCUUAUUGGACACUAUUGACUCCUUCACGUUUAUUGUGGUCCAAAAGAAUUUACGGUUAUGAAAUUAUCACAAUAUCUAUUUAAAGGUGCAAUGUCAAGGUUUUAGCGGCAUCUAGCAGUUAGGUUGCGAAUUGCAACCACUCACCCUCUCUUCGGAACAACUACGGAGGGUGACACUGGCAAAUCAGCGAAAACCUGACAUGUUUGUCCUAAGGAGAUAACAUUUACGAAAUGCACUCUGUGAAGCAGUGUGUACCUUAAGGGCUAUUAAAGAUUUAUGGCGAGUUCAAUGUAAGGCAAUCCGCAGUGUAUGUAGUUAAAUAGCUUAUUCUGAGAUAAUUAAUACAUGUAUGUUAUAAAAUAUAACAAUUAAUGCUUUCAGGCAAGUUCAACAAAUCACACUUAACUUAACUGUAGCCAUUAGAGAGCAAGUUUGAAACCAGAGUGGCUGAUGAGGCAAAACUGGACGGGCGGUGAAUUAUUCACAAUAUUAUCAUUAGUAAAAUGAAAAUAAUAAUCAUGUUUUUUAAUAUCGCAGUUAUUGUCGAUACCAAUAUAUUAUGACAUCCCUAUUGGGCACGUGUCAUCGUUACAUCCAUACAAGUUCAACUGGCAAAGUGUAUUAUAUUCCAAAUGAGCUAGGAAAAUUAUAAUUUUAAGCCUUUAAUGCGAACAUUUUACUAGACCUUGCUACUUUCUGUGGAGUUCUUAAAACAUCUGAACAUAUCACGGUAUUGGUUUUCUUUGGGUUGCAAGAAUACAUUGGUUUUAUUUUUCCUCGAAAAAAUAUCAUCUUCCCAAACUUGGCAUUCAACCAGUUUGUUUACUCCAUGGCUGUUUGAAUAUUACAGUAAUGCUGCCUCUACACUUUUUUCAUAACUUCUGUAUGAGGACUGGGCUGGGAAAUACUCGGGGAUAAUAAUACAUUACUCAAGUGCAUCUUUAGGUCUUCUGUGAACUUUGUGAAGAAGAAUAAAGAACUGCAGUCGUACCUCCUCCAGCAUUGUAAUGCAGCUGUGUUACUAGAGAGACUAUACAUGGUGCUUCAGAUUCAGUCUGGUGAGUGUGCGUGGAUACAAUAUGUUUGUUACUACUGGGUGAGUCGUAUUUUACAUUUGUACAGUAGUGGAUCAGUAUUUUGACUGUCUGGAUGUGUGUGUGUACAUGUUUGUUUAUCUGCACUGUGAUGCAUUUACUUUGGUUCAGGUUUUAGGUUUUAAUAAUCUAUAUUUGGUUCAUGUUAAGUUUAUAUCUGAAUGAGGUGUGAUGCCAGAACCUUCAUUGUGGUGUGAUUGCCGCCUCUGGAGGGGCUGCUUUUAAUCCAACGUACACUUCAUAUACACUAUACUUUAGAAAUCCAGCAUCAUGUUUGAGGUGGUGUUGUCUGUAUGAGUUAUCUGUCAUUUCUUUGUCAGUUAUUGAGUUGUACAGCAGCAUAUACACAGAUACAAAAGAUACACUGUAGUGUUUGAAGCAGAUGGGGGAACAGAAUUGGCUUUUUGGCCUCUGUCAACAGUAUACUGUAUGUACAUGUUAAAAAUGGGACUCUUCAUCAAACUUAAUUUGUAAAACAUCCAUCACAUAUAUUUAAGUAAAGUAAUUCUUACAAUUUCCUUUAAAAGACCUUUGCAUGAACUUUAUAAACUACACUUAUCCCAUAUAUGAAUGGAAGACAUUGUGUGAUGUUUUACUUGAAGGCAAUAUAGUUUAUAUUGGCAACCAGCAUUAAUUCAGCAGGGGUGUCAGAACAUUUUAUUAUAUGUCUGCUCACUGUGUUUUUCUUACCGCAGGGCUCUUGGAUCAUUGAAGGUGGGUGAGACGUUUGAGACACAGUAAGAAACUGACAACUGUUUCCUAAGCUGGCUGGCACUGGCCAAGAACCACAGUUUCAACUUAAAACGUUACUGUUCUACUGAGGAAUAGUCACUUGCAUCUUGGAUGGACUGAGGUCCUGGAGCUUAACAGACAUGACCAUGGAGACCGGAGAAUCCUGGAUACAGCAUUUGAUUCCUUUUAUUUUUUACUCAUUUCGAAAUAAAAGGACAAGUCAA